CUUCUACUGGCUUUUCGUGACGGUGACAAAGAAUAUUGAUUCUAUCAGUUGGCGACGGUGAUCUAUUCAUAUCAAUCCACCCCAUGGCGGUUCAGUUUGGUUCGAACACGUGCUGUAUCAACAAGCUUUUCGCAUUACCAAUUAACACAUUGCGGCAUCGGAAAAGCGUAUUCCCCCUGCCGUUGUUGGUGUGAUAUUUCGAAGCAGACAGUAACAAAAGAUAUUCCGAUCAAAUCAGUUGAUAAUAACAAUCAUCUCGGAUGAAUUUGCCAAAAAUUCAAAUUAACGGGAAGGAUGAGCCAAGUUCGGGCAGUUGUAGUUCGUUUUCGUCCUUGGAGAACGACAUCAGAUCGAUGCGGCGGUGUAGAAAGUUUGAAACCAACAUGGCACAUCUGGCUCAAAUUAAAGUGCCCCUGAUGGAACCGAUCCAGACAUCGCCCAAACUUACGCCGAACGUAAGCUUCGCCUACCAACCGGGUAGUCGACGUCACACGGGCAACAGCAUGGAUCCAGAAGAUCAACAAGCAGCGCCGGAGUCGAACGGCUCGCGGCGACCUUCACUGUUCAAUGCCCUGCCAAGGAUGUCGUUCAGUUCGCACAAGAAACAUUUGAUGGAGUUUCUGCAGCGACACGGUAGUAAGCUUUCGUUGAAUCCCAAAGACGAAAGCAAGGCGAUCCCUCCGGCGAUGAUGGACAUGCGGAACAAGAACCGAGCUGUUGCUGAGGAUCAAUUCAGCACCGCCAUAUCAGCACUCUACGCCAAGCUACUCAUCGUCCUCGGAAUCGCCUUCCCCAUCACAGACGUGGUAUCCGAAAGUGCUCCGCACCACUUCUACCGUGGCUUCUACCUCUACCUGUACACACUGAGCUUCGUGUUUACGAUUUUCCUCUACGUGGUUCAAUUCCGUCACAACGUCAAGCUGAACUACAUUCUGGGCCAAUACAGUGAACCCGGUGGCAUCAUACCCGAAACAUUGAGGCCCAAAGAACCUCGGCUAGGAUCGUUCUACCUGCGGGUGGGGGCUAUUGCCUUCGGAAUCGGCAACAUGGUAUACUCGGGUCUGGAGUUCGGCCAAUACUUUGAGCUGAAACGCGAUGAAAGAUGUCAAAAUGUUCUAAUUGCAUUAAUACCGGCCGCUCGGAUGGCACUGUGCAUUGUGCAGAUGCAGUUUCUGUUCUUCAGCAGCGUUUCGCAGCGGCAUAUGAUCCGACACAAGUUCAUUUCCCGCUUCGGGCUGAUGCACAUGCUAGCCACCAACCUGUGCGAGUGGUUGUACGUGAUUAUCGAAGAGGCCAAGCACGAGAUUGUCCACAUCGCACACGAGGGGAUAGCGCAUCAGCAUGGGGCAGCGACAGCCGCAGCAGCAAUGACAGACAAUGGAUUCAGUUCCGGCCCAAUCACACUAAAUGCCACCAUCGCCGCCCACUUGAGUAAGCGUGACGUACUGACCGCACCGACGCUGUACGGCUUCGAGUGCCACCGGACCAACAUAAUGGGGUCACUGGUACAGAAUGCUGCGCCGUUCUUGUUCCCCUGCACCAUUGAAUACUCGCUAAUUUGCGCGGUCAUUCUCUACGAGAUGUGGAAGAAGCUUCGGGAAGCCGGCCGCGGAGGAAAUGGCUCACGUAGAAGCUCCCGGAAGAGCCUCACCGGCCGAAGCGCAAAUAUGCUCUCGAUCGAUUGCUCCAACGCCCAACGGGGAAUGUUCGGAGGCAUUCUGGUCAUCGUGCUGACCAUCAUAGUGCUCAUAAUGUACUUUGUGCUUCAGAAGGAAAAGUACUAUCAACGGGUGGCUACCAUCGAGGUCACCAUCAGUGAAAUCAUUCUCUACACGAUAACCACUUUUGCCGUCGUGUGGGCCAUGUUUCAGAUGCGGGAUUUGAAGUUUUCCCAGAAGAAGGGCGACGCCGGAAUCAGUCUGGAUUGCACUCUGCUGGUGUUAGCCCAGAUUGGCAUCUACAUCUACUGCAUGUUUAGCAUAAUUGGCACAUUUUUCUCGAUUGGCGUCUCGGAACACGUCACUGCCUACUCGCUGGUGGCGGAAAUAGUGUCGCUCAUACAAACUUCCGUUCAGACGUUAUUUGUGAUGAAUGCGUGGUGGCGACGCUGCAAAGGUGCCAAACAGAACCGAACUAAACCAGGGAGAGAGAUCAUCACGUUUUUACUAAUUUCCAACAUGUCCAUUUGGUUCAUCAACACGCUGAUCAAGACUAAUGCAAGCUUCCGUCCCACGUUGAUGAAAUUCUAUGGAAUCUGGGCCUGGACGAUCAUUACCCACAUUUCGAUGCCACUGGCCAUAUUCUAUCGAUUCCAUUCAACAAUAUGUCUCUUUGAGGUGUGGAAGAACACCUACAAGGUGAGAUACGAACACAAUUGAGUAAAGCGAUAAGACUAUAAAUAUUAGCCGAUGUAGAACAAAGUGUAGGCAUCAAAUGUGAUCAUUAGAUUAAGUUCGUUGUUUGUACUACCGAGUAGUACAUUUAUGUAUAUCGAUAUAAAAUACAGUAUUAUUGUAGGAA